AUGGCUGCUCCCAACAAGAACGUUGUCUUCGACGUGGUUGGCACACUUGUUAGCUAUGAUCAUCUUUAUGAAGCCAUUAAAAAGCGCCUGGGCCAUAAGCUCAUCCCCCAAGGCAUUCAGCCCACGCUCCUCGGCAUAUGCUGGCUAGAGAUGGCAGAGCGCGAAUACACAUACCUCUCGCUCCACGGCCAAUAUGUGCAGUUCCUCAAGCUUUUUGAAGCUCUGUUCUACCGCUGUCUUCAUUAUGCUGGCAUUGAAAAUCCCCGCUCCUUUGCAACUGCAGAGGAUGUUGACUCCUUAAUGCAUGAGUUCAAGGAAUUGAAGCUUACGGAUGGAGCUGCAGAGUGUAUUCAGAAGCCUCGCGAUGCGGGGUUUACUGUCUGGUGCUUCACGACUGGGGAUAUCUCCCGUGUAGGGGGAUAUUUCUCGAAGGUUGCCGGCUGA